AUCAGCUGGUCGGUGGAUGGCAUGCCACAGGGGACCAUCAGGCAGCCCCUGGGCUACAUUCCCAUCAUGGUGAAGUCCAAGCUGUGCAACCUCCAUAAUCUUUCUCCGCAAGAGCUCAUGCAGCACCAUGAGGAGGAAGAGGAAAUGGGAGGCUACUUUAUAAUUAAUGGCUUAGAAAAAGUUAUUAGGAUGCUGAUUAUGCCCAGGCGAAAUUUCCCCCUUGCAAUGGCGAGACACAAGUGGAAAAACCGAGGCCCUGGCUUCACCGAGUACGGAGUGGUGAUGCACUGUGUUAAGGACGAGCACACAGCUACAAAUAUGAACCUUCACUACUUGGAGAACGGCUGUGUCAUGGUGAAUUUCAUUUUCCAGAAAGAGUUGUUCUUCCUUCCCUUGGGAUUUGCUCUAAAGGCGUUAGUUAAUUUCUCAGACUACCAGAUUUUUGAAGAGUUGGUCAAAGGAAAGGAAGAGGACACCUUUUACAUGAACUGCGUUACUGAGAUGAUGAGAGCUGUAGUGAAUGCGGGCUGUUACACACAGCAAAACGUCCUCGAAUACCUGGGAAAGAGCUUCAGGAUAAAACUUAACCUUCCUGAGUGGUACAGCAAUGAGCAGGCUGCAGAUUUCAUUUUGAACAAGUGUAUCUGCAUCCACCUGACAAACAGAACUGAGAAGUUCUACCUGCUCUGCAUGAUGACCCGGAAGCUGUACGCUUUUGCCAAAGGGGAGUGCAUGGAGGAUAACCCGGACAGUCUGAUGAAUCAAGAAGUGCUCACCCCAGGACAGCUUUUCCUGAUGUUCUUAAAGGAGAGGCUUGAAAACUGGUUGCAAUCUGUUAAGUUCGUUUUGGAGAAAAGAAAAGAGAAGGCAGAUAUCAGCAUAAAUGCAGACAGCUUGGUGAAGACAUUCGGCCUGGCAACAGACCUUACCAAGCCAUUUGAGUAUCUUCUUGCAACUGGUAACCUGCGAUCUAAAACCGGCCUGGGCAUGUUACAGGACAGCGGUCUGUGUGUGGUGGGAGACAAGCUGAAUUUCAUCCGCUACCUCUCCCACUUCCGCUGCAUACACAGAGGGGCAGCGUUUUCCCAGAUGAGAACCACAACUGUGCGCAAGCUGCUGCCUGAGUCCUGGGGGUUCUUGUGCCCUGUGGACACCCCGGAUGGAGAACCCUGUGGUCUGAUGAACCACAUGACGGCUGUGUGCGAGAUAGUGACGGAGAUGGUGCCCGUGACAGACAUCCCACCUCUGCUAUGUUCCCUGGGUGUCACCCCCAUUGAUGCAUCGCCAAGCAAGCCUUACGCGGAGUGUUACCAGGUUGUGCUGGACGGCUCGGUGGUGGGAUGGGUAGAGCGGGAGCUGGCUCCUGAGAUCACAGAAACCCUCCGCCGUUUCAAGAUAACACAAGAGAAGAGAUUUCCCUCACGGGCAGAAGUGGUCCUUAUCCCAAUGACGGGAAAAUCCAGUCUGUAUCCUGGCUUGUUCAUUUUUACCACCCCUUGCCGGAUGGUGCGGCCUGUCAGAAACCUGUUCUAUGGGAGGGAAGAGUGGAUUGGUACUCUGGAACAGAUCUACAUGAACGUGGCCUCGCUAGAGUCAGAGGUGGUGCCCGGAAGGACCACUCACCAGGAGCUCUUCCCUCACAGCAUUCUGAGCGUGGUGGCCAACCUCAUCCCCUUCUCUGACCACAACCAAAGUCCGCGAAACAUGUAUCAGUGCCAGAUGGGAAAGCAAACCAUGGGGUUUCCGGUUUACAACUACAAGGACCGCUCGGAUAACAAGCUGUAUCACCUCCACACUCCCCAGAGCCCUCUGGUGCGGCCCAGCAUGUACGACUAUUAUGGAAUGGACAGCUAUCCGAUCGGCACCAAUUCAGUUGUGGCUGUCAUCUCCUACAGCGGCUAUGACAUGGAAGAUGCAAUGAUUGUGAACAAAUCUUCCUGGCAGCGAGGGUUUGCCUAUGGAAGUGUUAUCAAGGCGGAGAGCAUUGACCUCUCCCUUAAAGCCAGCAGGUCAGGCGACAAUUUAGUAUUUGGCAUCAGGCCUGGUGAUCCGAACGUUGCCAAGUUGGAUGCCGACGGACUGCCUUUUGUUGGCUCUAUCCUACAGCCUGGGGACCCCUUCUACAGCUUUGUGAACCUCAACACAGGAGAGACCUUCACUGUGUACUACCCGAAUAAGGAAGUCGGCAUUGUGGACAAUGUCAGGUUAUGCAGUAAUGACCGUGGCACCGGGAAAUUCAAGAAGGCUUGCAUCACUGUCAGGGUUCCCCGCAAUCCAACUGUAGGAGACAAAUUUGCCAGCCGCCACGGGCAGAAAGGCAUCCUGAGCCAGCUCUGGCCAGUGGAGGAUAUGCCGUUCACAGAGAACGGGAUGGUGCCAGACAUCCUCUUCAACCCUCAUGGCUUCCCCUCCCGUAUGACCAUCGGGAUGUUAAUCGAGAGCAUGGCAGGGAAGUCGGCGGCGCUGCAUGGCACCUCCUACGACGCUACUCCCUUCACCUUCACAGAGAAGAACUCAGCUUUGAAAUACUUCGGUGAGACUUUGGUGAGCGCAGGUUACAACUUCUUUGGGACAGAGAAGAUGUACAGUGGCAUCAGUGGCCUGGAGCUGGAGGCGGAGAUCUUUGUGGGAGUGGUGUACUACCAGCGCCUGCGCCACAUGGUCUCGGACAAGUUCCAGGUGAGGACGACAGGGCCCCGAGACGCCAUCACCAACCAGCCCGUCAAGGGGAGGAACGUGGAAGGUGGGAUUCGCUUUGGGGAGAUGGAGCGUGAUGCUUUGCUGGCACAUGGCACAUCUUUCUUGCUGCAAGACCGCUUGUUCAACUGCUCCGAUGGCUCCGUAGCCUACAUUUGCACGAGCUGCGGCAGCAUGACAUCUCCUUUGCUGGAGAAACUGCCGCUCUCCUCCUCCGUGACAAGCAGCAGGAGGUACUCCUGCUCUGUCUGCAGCAAGGUGGACGCCAUCGAGGUUGUCCCAGUGCCCCACGUCUUCCGUUACUUUGUGGCAGAGCUGGCGGCCAUGAACAUCAAAACAAAGCUCAAAGUGGAGUAG